AGAAUUAUUCACUUUAUGAUUUUCUUUUUUCAUUUUAGCGUUUAUGACAUUAACAAAGAACAGGACUGUGUCAAGAACUCUGUGGGUAUACUUGGUGAAAAUGAAUUAAGACCACCCUCCCAGCUACAUUCUUUCUUAGAGAAGAUCAAGACAGGGUUCAUAUCAGAGAAGAUUUUUGAGACAGUGUCCUUGAGUUCAGACUCUAUCUUCCAGAGGGCAGUUUCGCUCCUCCACUCUUCUUACUUGGACUCUGCAUCUGAGCAUGGUUUUCAGUACAGUCAAGUGACUUUGGUGAAAAAUGACAUUAUCUUAAAUGAGUACAAAACUUUUUACCAACAAAAAAAAGCAAAUAACUAUACUCAGGAAGAACUUCAAGAAACUCACGGGUUUCUUCUUUUUGAAACUGAAAGUCAGGCAAAAUUAGCAUGUCAGCGUGGACUCCGUGUUGGCAGGAGCACUGUCACUACUCUUGGUGAUCCAGCCAAAGGUGUAUACAUUUCCAAAUACUCAGACUAUCUUCAUCCAAGACCAUGGUAUCAUGGGAAAUCUGGUUAUGUUGUAAUUUUUAAUCUAAUUAAGGGAAAAGUCAAGUUUGUGUCUGAGAAUUUCACAGCUAACUAUACUAGGCCGUCUUCUGGCUACGAUUGCCACGUUGCUGCAAACACUAACAAGGUUUCUCACAAGACAAGUCAUUUUCGUGCCUUUGAACUGAGUCAGUAUUACCUUUAUGAACUCUCGGGCAACACUGUUACUGAGCGGCCUAGACAGAUCUGUCCUUAUGUAAUUGUAGCUUUUCGAUACAGGGAACCUACAAAGAUGGCAGCACCAGCUUACAAAAGCAUACUUGAAUUCAGUGAAAAUGUUCUCAGCUCUCCAUGGAAAGGGAAAUUAACUAUUCAAGGCCAUAUACUUUGUGAUAUGACUCUUUGGUCUACUUACGGUACAAUGCUUCCAACACAGCUACCACAGGAACUAGAUUUUAAGUAUAUAAUAAAAGUGUCUUCCUUGAAAAAAAGACUACCAGAAGCUGCCUUCAGAAAACAGAAUUACUUGGAGCAAAAAGUGUAUUGCCAAGAUUUGUGCUCCAAUUUGUAUGAGGUGGAAUUAUCAAACAGACAAGGGGAGAAAAUAGAUAAACUAAUAGAAUACAUUAAAAAGAACCAAUUGGCAAUCAUCAAAUGCUUAGAGGAUCGGGGGGUUUUCAUUUUGCUUACAUCAUCAGCCUUAACAUCAGAAUCAGAUGUUGAAGCUGAGCAGAUGGGCCUGCACGGGUUACAUUUAUUCCGUUUUCCCCUGACAGCAGGGGAGAAAGAUGCUAAAGCUGAAGAUGACAUCUCAAUGAAGGUGAUACCUGUUUUACACACCCUUAAUUAUGCCCUGUUAGAAGCAAAGAAAUCACUUCCUAAAGAAGGAGCCCGUCCAAAUGCAUUAGUAAAGUAUCAUUUCCAAGAACAGUGCAAGGUGGACAGAGGACCUUCGUUGACUGCUCCCCAGGGUGGCAUUAAAGAGAUGGCAUUCCCUGGGACACUGUCCAGUGACUUUGACUGGGUUUCUCCAGCUGAAAAGUGCCCUUCAGAGUCUUUAACUCAGCUGAAGUCUUAUUUUUCAGAUCCUAGCAGUUACAUUUUGGAAGUGUCUACUGCCUUGGAUUUGUUAACAGAGCCUCCUCAGUCUCCUUGUGUUUCCGAUGGAAUUUGUGAUGCUGGAUUUUCUUUAGUUAUGACUCCAGAUCCUGAAUUUCUUGACUCAGAGGUAGAAGUAAGAAAAGAAACUGAAACAAAAAAGAAAUCUGAAGUUUUGAAAGCAAAGAAGGGAGUUGUGGUUCCACCAAGUCCAGCGCGAAGUCUGAGAGUGCAGCCUAAGAGGAAGGCCAGCACGCCCGUCGCAGGGCCCCGCAGAAAGGUGAACCUGUGCCGCCCCUGUCCCAAAAGGGCUGCUCCCUCAGCAGACAGUGGCCUGGACUCUCCAACAACUCUUAAGUUAGUUAAAGGACAUUUUCCUCAGAAAAGGAAAAGAGGUGCGGAAGUGCUGACUGCACAGUUUGUACAGAAAACCAAAUUGGAUAGGAAAAACCAAGAUGCUCCUAUUUCUAAAGAUGUUCCUGUGGCAACGAAUACUAAAAGGGCAAAGAAACGAGAGAAAUCUCCAGUCAAAACUGUUCCAAGGCCUAAGCCACCUGUGAAGAAAUGUCCACAAAAACAGAGGGUAACUAUAGGGAAAGGCAAUCAGAAUCCCAGAGUCAGAAAGCAGCCACAGCCCGCCAAAGGAGAAACUGCUUUACAGCCUCAGUCAGAAAUUUCAUCAGCUUGUCAAGAAGAUGGUAUUAGCAUAAACACAAUUCAGCCACAAAGUUCCACGGUGGCCCACAAAGAUCUCCCUGAAAACUCCAUUGUCAACUAUGCCUCCCAGGCCCUAAAUAUGUUAGCGGACCUGGCGUUAAGCUCUGCUACCUCUUCUACGCCAGCAUCUGAACCUGGAAACCUUCUCUGCGCCUCUGAAUUGUCACAGGAUGAUCUUUUGUUCGUUAAAGAAAAUUCUUCGCAAGGUACAUCUGACCAUGAAUAUUAUAAAGAAGUUAAAAAUCCAAAAGGUGGAGUAUCACCUAAACCAUCCCCUGGUAAUAAUUCUGGGCCAGACUUCACUGUUAGCCAGGAUGAAGAGAACUUGGGUCCUUGUGGGCAGGCCCUUACCAAGGCACAAUCAGCACUCACUGAGGGCACACUAGAGCCUUCAUAUGCAAACCAGAGCUUUUUCAUCUGUGUGGAGCACUCGUAUGCUCUGUUCCUUGCACAACAUUCAAGGAAACAUCGACACCAGAGAGGGGUUGCAGGCAUUGCCUUUACCAGGAAUAGGACCAAGGGUUCUGAAGGUAGAACCCCAGUGGGAAAAGUCUUGCCCUUUCGGCACCAGCAGACCACCUCCCCCCUGCAGAAGCCUCCUGUAGACAUCCUGGUACACAAAAGGGGCCGCCCGCUGUCCUCCAGCCUGAAAGGCUUUCUUUGCUCUCACACAGUGUUUAGCUGUGAUGGAUCCUACAAGAUCACUUUCAAAUGUGAAACGGAAUAUGCGUUCAGUUUAGAUAGCAAAUACACCAACAACCCCCUAGAGAAAACUGUGCAAAGAGCAUUACAUGGUCCCUGGAACACCAGUUUGCCUGACAGUGUGGAAGAAGUGAAGCUUUUACUUCAUAUGUGGGUAGCUCUGUUCUACAGCAGUCAGAACAAAGUCAUACGGUCAUCCCGGAAAGUGGUGGAGCACAGCAACCCUGCAAAGUAUGUGUCUAUAAAUAGCAUGUUAGAAUCCAGUGAGCUCAGUGAAGUGGAGGAUGUCCCCAGCAUGGAAAGAGGUUUUACAGACCCUCUGUCGGAGACUAAUGAAGCCUCCCAGGGUCCUGCUCCCGAAGUGUCCUUCCCUGACCCUUGCUGCUUGCUUCCUCUUAUUAAACCAGCCUCUCCCAAGGGCUUGGAACUCUCUGUGCAGAAUGAACAGAAAGAAAUUUUUACGGGAGAGUAUCAUCCAGAUAGCUCAGAAGGCCAAAGUUUCCUCUGUUCUUACAAUAAUGAGGUAAUUGGGACAAAAGCUAAACAGGAAUCAUCAGAUAAGCUAGAGACUUCCAAUCUUGUGCUUUCUGGUAUUAGAAAUAUCAAAACUAAUGGACCUUCUAUUCCUAGUGAAGAUAAAACCCUUCAGCCACUGGAUAGCACAAGAGUGGCUUCUUACAGUGGAACUGUCACUCAAGCCACGUUCACCACAACCUACAAUGGGAUCAGUAGUCAGCCCGCAAUGCCUCAUUACCGCACCCUUGAAAACAAAGAUGAUAUUUUUCAUGUAACAACACAAACAAAAUCAGGUGCUUUACAGGACCUUAUCCAGCAUAGCAGCCCCAGCCCCAUACACGAGUGCCAACCUUCCUUGGAAGGGAAGGAUGAUGAUAGGGGGUAUGUAAUGGUCAGUGUGGAGCCUGUUACUUUCGCUUUAGACAAAAAUGCCUAUGCAGCAGUACAGACAGAAGUUACAAAUAGAGCUGAUAAAUCUACAGCCUUUAAUAAGGAGUUGGUUCACCUGCCACCGGCUACGAGUCUUAGACAUCCCAUGUCCACAUUGGGAACGGCAGAGACACAGAGUCUCGGGGAUGUUUCAGCUCUUGCUGUAUCAGGACAGAAGGGCACUAAAUACCUGUGUGUCUCUUCAUUGAGUAGAGAGACUCCUGAUAAAGAAGUGUGCACAUUACAGAAAGAAAUGCCUUUUUCAGGCUUAUCACCAUCAGAUAGUGCAGUGGCAGUGCAGGCACCGUCUUUAGUUAAAGGAUCCAGGUGUCUGUCACCUAAUGAAGAAAUGAAGCACUCCCAAGAUUUCUUUCUGCAGACUCAGAAUCUCUGUGGAGUAUCGUCAGAGGAGAUUGUAGAGCCAAGACUGGUUGAAGUAAACUCAUCAUCAGCCUCUCCCACCUUGGAAGAGCAGCAUUCACUGAACUGUGUUGCUCUAAGCAGCAGAGCAUCAGAUGGCCCUUUAGAACUGAGGAAGAAUGCCAGGAGUGAUCUCAAUAGUGAAAAUCAGAAUUCUGAAUUGUUUAACUCAGUGUCUGCCAAACACUCCUCCCUGUCUGAGAAUAGAGAGGUCAGGCUAGAGUUAUCAGAGGAAGAUUCUGACAUUGACUUAACUCUAACAAUAUCACCGCCUACAAGUCCCAGAGAAGAAACAUCAGCUAGGGAGACAGAGCAGCCUCAGGAAUCCCCGUCAUCAAGUUUAGCACUUCAAGAUAGGGCUGAAGAAACAGUCGCGCCAGAGGAGCUGGUGCUCCCAGAGAACAGAGACGUGCGUUCUGGUUAUGUGUCUGUAUAUCCCACAGCAUCAGAAGAACCAGUAGAAAAUAAGGAGAGAAAGGGUGAUCAGUCACAACCAGUUACUGUAAUCCUUUCUAAGGAAAAUUGCACACUUGAGAUUGCAGAGGAAAUUAAUGUGACUUCUGACUUUCCCUUUGAUUCUCUAAUUGAGGAAGUGUCACCAGCUUCUAGUCCUGAUGCCCCAGUAUCACUUGAAGAGACAAGACCAUACCAGGCAGUGUCUCCAUGUGGUUUAAAACAUCAUGGGACACAGAAUGCAAAGAGUAACGGAUUCUCCCAGUUAGAGUCAAGAGAUUUAGGCAUAACAGAAAAAGAAAAUUCUUUUGUUGGUCCUACCUAUCCAGUGGGACAAAAUGACUUAACUCAGGUCCAACACAUGCAGUCCUUUGCUAAGGUGCCCCUGAUGAUGACUGAUUACACAGAGACAAAGGGUAGACUUGCCCUUCCCAAUAAAGUAACCCAGGAGGUGGGCCAGGGGAAGUGUGAUGAGAGUCUGUCUGUCUCAGAAAUGGUGCACAGCUUUGGCACAGAGUUAACCCAGCCUGCCUUAGCUGCUGAGUACAGAGGGAACUUCAAGCUCCCUCUGCAAAAACUGGUGAAAUCAGGAAAUCUCUUUCAGCCAGUUAGUAUAGAGAACAGAAAUUUGGACUUAAAACAUCUUGUCUUGAAGUCCAGUGAACUUCCAUUUAGUCCCAGAAAGGUUAUGGAAAAUAAGUCUUUGGCUGACACAUUGAUUUCCUCAGCUGCUCCAAGUGGUAUGUUGGAUGCGUCAUUAAAGCAACAGACCAGCCCUCCCAACAUUGGGAAGACUCUUCUGAGCAGUGGUGUGGCAACAGGCACAGGCAGCUGUGUACAGACUAAGUCUCUGAGCCCUGCCCCAGUUGCUGGCACUCAGGCCACACAGGCAUAUGCACUCCCAGAGGUCCCGGCACAGGGUUCCUCUUUAGAGUGCACUGUGAUGGCCAGUCUAUGUCCAGUGACUGUAGACCCAGGGUUUCAAACACAGGAAUUAUCAGUAGUCAAAAUGGCCUGUUUGCUUGAGAACAAUGAAACUGAGGUGGCAUUACAUGAAGAAAACAUGGAUCUAGGCACUGUUGGCCCUCCACCCAACAGUGUAUCUCCAGAAAGCAAACAAAAAACAAUCCACCUGUUGCAAGAUAUGUCACAGUGUGUGACAGAGGAGCUGUUGCCCAGCAGAGUUUUCCCCAUGUAUGUUGGCACUUGUGAAAACACAGCAAAUGUGAGUGAGAACUCCAACAGAGAACCUUAUGCUUCCUGUAUCCCAGAGCCCUUUGACCCUCCUGCCUGUGGAAUCUCUAAAGAGCAUGUGGAGUGUGAAAGGGCUGGUGAGGGGCUAAGGCUUGGGGCAGGUGUUGGGGCUGUGCACUGUGAACCACUUUCUAUAGAAUCUGAUCUAGCCCCUCUCAGUGUUUGUGGAAACCCCAAAUUAGACAUGGAGGACUCCUGCACUUUGAGGGAGAGUCACACCAGGAGAGGAGAAGAUGCUGCCAAAGAUAGUUAUGGCUCUUUGACGAACUUAGACAACAGUGACCACAUAGACUGGAGCUGCUUGGACCAGGUUCCAGGCAAGGAGACAAACUCUCCUUCCAGGCCCUGGGCCAGUACAUUAAAAAAAGAAGGUAAGUGUGUGCCAUGUUAUAUCCAAAUCCAGGAUUACCGUGGAAUCCCCAGAACUUACGCCAACUUUACUAUAACAAAAGAGUUCAAAGAUACCACAAGAACUUUACACAGCUUGAGAAGGCACCCAGAUUUCACUGCAGACUGUGACCUGCUCAGCUCCUGGACAAGCACUUGGCAGGUGACCAGCGACCUCACCCAGAACACUUUAGACCUGGAGUACCUUCGAUUUGCACAUAAGGUAAAACAGACAGUGAAGAAGAGGGGUGCACAGCAUCCUGCUACCUCUUCCAGUAUCUUUCUCAAGGGCUCGCCUCCCCAGGCUGCAGUCAGCACUUUCCCGUUGACAAAAACAUGUGAGGCCCCAGUUGGGCAUCCUGCAUUCAGGAGCAAAAGCUCCCUCCUGGUGACAGUUGUGCACUCAGACUCUAGGCAGGGCCAGCACAGGGGUGGGCCCCUGCCCAGCAGUCUGCACAGCUUGCCCUCCUUUUGGAAGAAGAAGUGUGAUCACAGUAGCAAUCUUACAAAUUCUCAAAAAAAUCCGACAGCUUCAUUCCACCUCAACAAACUGAAAUAUAACAGUACUUUGAAAGACUCUCGAAAUGAUAUUUCACUUAUUCUCAAUGAAUAUGCUGAGUUCAAUAAGGUGAUGAUGAAUAGCAGCCAAGUAGUUUCCCAAGAUAGCAGAUUAAAUGUCGAUUCUGGAGAAGCUGCCAUGUCUCCAGAAAUAUAUCUGUCUUGCUCAAGGCAGUCAGCCUCCUAUGAAGACAUGAUCACAGACUUGUGUACCAGUCUCCACGUCAAAUUAAAAAAUGUCAUGAAAGAGGCUUGUAACAGCACCUUCCUGUUCCACCUUAUUGAAACAGAAGACAAAUUGUUCUUUGUAAGAACAAAGAACCUUCUGAGGAAAGGGGGCCAUACGGAAAUUGAACCUCAGCAUUUUUGUCAAGCUUUCCAUAGUGAGGAUGACACACUGAUAAUCAUCAUCAGAAAUGAAGAUAUAGCAUCACAUUUACAUCAAAUUCCUUGUCUACUGAAGCUGAAGCAUUUCCCCGGUGUCAUCUUUGCUGGAGUCGACAGCCCUGGAGAUGUUCUUGAUCACACUUACCAACAGCUAUUCCAGGCGGGAGGCUUUGUGGUGUCAGAUGACAAGAUAUUAGAGACCUUAACAUUAGUUCAACUGAAGGAAAUCUUGAAAAUCCUAGAAAAGUUAAAUGGAAGUGGAAGAUGGAAGUGGUUGCUACACUACAGAGAAAAUAAAAAACUGAAAGAAGAUGUGAGAGUGGAUUCAGUUGCACAUAAAAAGAGUGUACUACUGAAAUCAUAUCAAAGUGCAAAUGUUGUUGGAUUGCUUCAUUAUCACCAGUGUGACUCCCGGUCAUCAGCAAAAGCAGAUGUUCUGGAAUGUUUGAUAAACCUGCAGAUUCAGCAGACCGACGCCAGGUUUGCUGUCUUCUUAACAGAAAAGCCUACUAUCUCCAGAGAAGUCUUUGAAAAUAAUGGAAUCCUUGUUACAGAUGUAAAUAACUUUAUAGAAAACAUACCAAAAGUAGCAGCUCCUUUUAGGAGUAGCUAUUGGUAAGAACACUUUUUAUUGUAACUCCCACAUGGGCUAGAGUUGCUAAGAUAAACUGUUCUUCAUGAUUAGAUCAUGCUGUAGAUUUGUUAUUUAUUUUGGAGUGGAAUUACACAGUUCGGCAUAAAUGGGAAUUCUUGAAGUAUCACUAAUGAAAUAAGAAGCCUACUUCAAAUUACUGCAUAUGGCAUUAAGAUUCUUGGUAGAAAAAAACUCCUAAGUUAAAAGGAUGCAUAAGGAGUUUCCCCAUGUUACACACAGUGGAAUUACCACUUCUGUUUCUCUAGGUGGUUUACCUCCAACGUGGCUAGACUUGGAAGACACCAACAGCAAAUUAGUGUCUUCCCUUUUCUUUGGAAAACUUUGAUACACAUGGGCAGUCUUCUCAUAUUUGAAAAAUCAAAGUCUGCAACUCAAAGUUGGUUUUCAUUAUAUUUUGCUAAAAUAGGUGACUUCAAAGUAGUCCAUUGGCUUUGGGUUGCAGUGUCAAGUAUUUUAAGUUACUUUCAUUUUAAACAGAUGCCUUUAAAGCUAUUGAACUUAAUAUUAAAAGUAUGAAUUUUAUAACAUAAUUUACUUAGUUGGUGCAAAAAUAAGUAUUUCACAAAUAGCUUUGUUUUUGCAUGUUAAUGUCAGAGAGACAUGUGUAAUGCACAUCAUGGUUGGUUUUAAAGGUCUUACCACCAUUGUAAAACUAUCCCCUCAAAUGGUUUUAUUUGCCAUUAGAUAAGCAACAACACUACAUAAAGUUAAGACAUUUUUCCUAAAAGGUACACGUUUAUAAAUGGUCAUUUCUUAGUUUUUGUAAAUACUGCACUAUAAAAACCAACUUUCUGAAGAAUAAUCAUUUAUUUAUGAUAUUAGAAAUUUUUACUGUAAUCUUUAAAAUUCAAAACCAAGCAAAAAACAUUUGUAAGAUACAUAGUAUCUAUUUGGAGCAAAGGAUUUUAUAACUAAUUUGUUUCACUUUUUUUAAUAAAAACGACUAAAAAUCAUUUACCUUUUUCUGCAAUGAUUUUGUAGGGAAAACGUUACAGAAUAUUUUACGAUUUUUAGGCCAUUUAAAAGUUGGAAUCCAGAGAAAUU